GACAGGGAGGAAGCCGUUCCCCCACCACUGGAAGUGCCGACAUUUCUACCUACUGCUGCCUGUCUACUGCGUGUUCUGCGUAUAGCGCAAGGUCUCUGUCACAAAGCCUUGUCGAUAGAUGCAGGAUUUUCUCUCGAUCAUGGACGUCUUUGUCGCAGCAGUCUCACCCUCGAGUGUCCGAGAGAGCGCCACGGUGCUCAUCUAUGCUAUUCUGAUCGCUUUGCCUGCUUGGUAUCUGGCAGCGUAUCUAGUUUCCCCUCUCCGCUGCUUCCCCGGUCCCUUUCUUGCAGGAUGGACGAAUCUGUGGCGGAUGUUUCAUGUGCGCCAGGGGCAAUCCCACCUCGUCAUCCAGGAGCUUCACAGGAAGUACGGUCCGGUGGUGCGCAUUGCGCCCAAUGUGUUGGAUCUGGAUAUGCCCGAGUUGAUCAAGACAAUCUACAACACCAAAGCGGACUAUCUCAAGACCGAGUUUUACCACGGUAGCAGCGCCAAAAGCAAUGGGAAGAUCAUCUACAAUCUCUUCAGCGAAUGCCACCCCGAGGUCCAUGCGCGAAAAAAGCGACCCAUCUCGAAGCACUAUUCCAUGACCGGCGUAUUGCCACUAGAGCCGCAUAUUGAUGAGAUGAUUUGGUACCUCUGCCAGCGCCUAGAGGAGAAGUUCAUCGAUGGGUCCAGCGCCACAAAGACCUGCAAGCUUGAUGAAUGGAUAGCAUUCUAUACAUGGGACGUGGUCGGCAAGGCCACUUUCAGCCAGCCCAUUGGUUACUUAGAAAAGGGCUACGAUUUCGACGGCACCUUGAGCAUCGCGGACACGGCAAUGGAUUACUUUUCCAUGGUGGGCCAACUGCCUAUCCUCGAUCAUUUGCUGGAUAAGAACCCCGUUUACCGUGUCGGCCCGCCGUCCUUUGGCAACAUCACCAACAUAUCCAUCCAGCAUCUUGUGGACCGGUUUCAGGGCAAAGAAUUGGAUUAUCAUGAUCCCACAAAGCCUGACUUCCUGGAUAAGUUUAUCGAGGCCAAGGAAAAGUUCCCAGACGUAGUGGAUGAUACGCAGGUUGUCUCGUAUUUGAUGAUUAAUAUGAUUGCAGGAGCCGACACCACGGCCAUCACCUUGAAUGCGGUGCUGUAUUUUUCCUUGAAGCACCCACGCGUUUGGGACCGCCUGAGGACUGAGAUCCCCAUAUACGACCCGGAAUCCAAGCCGCCGGUGGUACCGUAUAAAUCCGCCAAGGAGUUCCCAUACCUCGAUGCUGUCAUCCGUGAAGCAAUGAGAUGCCACCCGGGGGUUGCAAUGCUUCUCGAAAGAUACGUGCCAGAGGAUGGUCUGGUGUUGCCCGACGGGCGGUAUGUCCCCGCUGGCUGCAUUGUCGGUAUGAACCCAUAUGUCAUCGGUCGCAACAGCUCCAUCUGGGGCGAGGAUGCUGAACUUUUUCGUCCCGAGCGAUGGUUGCGCGACGAGACACAAGAGACGGAAGAUGCUUUUGAGGAACGUCUGCGACGGAUGAAAGCCGCCGACUUGACCUUUGGAGCCGGAAACCGGGUCUGCAUCGGAAAGCAUCUGGGCCUGUUAGAAGUUUACAAGGUUAUUUCUACCCUAGUGUCGCGCUACGAUAUCAAGCUUUCACAUCCGGAGAAGGAGUGGUGCACGCACAAUAGCUUUUUCCUUCGACAGACUGGCAUCAAAGUUACAUUGUCUCGGCGAAUUUGAAAUAUGACCAAGAUGGGUUCUUCCGGUACGACAACUGCAUGGAUUUUGUUUUGAUGUUAUGCUGGAUAAUCUGGAACAGAUGUAUUAUUCUUUAUCUAGCUCGACUUUCGAUUUUAUCACUGCACCAAGUACUGAAACCAAAACACAAGUAGCAUCUUCCUUGAACCACGAAUGCAAUUGCCUAAGC